GAUAUCGACGAAGGAAAUAGAAGGAACAGGUAUUUUGCUAUAAUAGUCAUUAAUGUUAUAAUACCAUACCGUUUACCAGUUACUAAAGAACCUGAUAUUGAAAAAUAAAUCACGUGUACAAAUAAAAGUAGUGUUUUUAAAAUAAUACUUGUUCAGAGUUAAAUUCAAUUAAUUUUAUUUGUAAAAAAUUGAUGACAUAUUAUCCUAUUUACUAGCUGAGAUACGCUUGACAUUAAAAAUUGUAAAUCUUAAACAUUAGUUAAAACGUGAAGUUCAAAUAGUAUAUUCGUUUUAAAAGCAAAUUUAAUCAUUUUCGGUUCCAGUUGUAAUUCUUAUGAAUUCGAAAAUGCGUUUUGAAUAUCUGAAUGUGAUCCCGACUGGAAUCCACAACCUGGGGAUUGGAAUUCAACACCUAGAAUGGGAGAUGGUGGUAAAGAGAAGUCACGUAAAAAGACGUCCAGUGUUUGGAAAUAUUGUGAAAUUAUUGAUGAAGCAUUUGCACGCUGCACUAUCUGCGACCACAAAUUAUCUUACAAAUCUUCUGUUACCAACCUGAGAAAACAUUUCAAAAAGAAACAUCCUGAAGUGGCUAUGCCUGCAAAUGUGCAUCAUGCACGUAAUGGUGUCAUAACCUUAAAUAGUGAUGAGGAAGAGGAAAGAGAGGAUGCGCAAAGAGCCACGAAUUCCGUGAUUGUUGACUAUUUGCGACCUGCUGGCGAAGAGAACAGGCCAAAGACAAAACCCACCCUGACAUUUGUGAGACAGACACCAGUCAUUAAAAGAGAUCGUUCACCCAUUAGAUAUCAUGACUAUUCUACAUUAGAAACAAAAUGUAAAAAAUCAGAGGUUACUGAUGAAACAGAAUUCGAUGUAUUCGGGCGAAAUGUUGUGCUACAGUUAAAGCAAUUGCCGUUAGUCCAUGCUUUGGAACUUCAAGCAGAGAUUAUGAAUUUGAUUGUGCAAAAGAGAAUCCAGGCAUUGAGGCAAACGCAUGAGACAAACACAGAUGAGACGCCCAUGCAGUAUGCUUUAGUAUAUACUACUGAAACUCCAGUAGCUUCUGAGCCAAUAAGAAGCUGUAAUACCCCCGAAGCUGUCAAGGAAGCAGAAGCAAAUCAAAGUUAUGUAAAAUUAUAAUAUGUCUUCAAAAUGAAUACAUGUUUUUAUAAGGUGUCGAUGGCUGCCCAUUUCUGGAAUUAUUUUCAAAACUGAAAUCAAAAGGAGCUAUUAGGUUAGGUAGGCAAAUUUAUAUACAAUUUAGGAAGUAACAAAAAAUUUUUUUGUGGUAUGUCGAAUAUCUGGAAAGAAAGCUUGAAGGAAGAAUGUCGUACCCAGUUUGAUGAAAGAUAUUUUUUAGUCAACGCCUUUGAAAUACUUUGUUUUUUCUCUCUGUUGAGCAGGUUGUGAUGUUUUUCAUCCUGUUUUCCUUAAAAGUAAUUCGUUAAGUUUCUACUACCUUUUUUCUUUUAAAUAUUAUGUAACCCCUAAUGUACUUAAUUUUUUUACUUUUUCUUUGUUACCACUCCACAGGGAAAAACUGGAAAAUACAGGGAAUUUUAAAAUCACCUAAAAUAACAGGGAAAGGGCGAUGAACUUUGAUUUUUUUCUUAACAAAUCGGGAAAAUACAGGGAAUUUUGUUUCUUAUUUUCGUCUUAAAAAUUAUAACCACUCAAUGCGUAAUCUGUGGGAUAUUUAAGGAUGAUAUUCCAACUAUACUAAACUAUUUCAUUUACUAUAGCAUUAUUUAAGCAUGUUCAUCUGUUCCUUCUUUUCUUUAAGUUAUUUGAGCAAUUAAAACUAGUAUAGUUAUUCCAAUGUAGCUCACACACGACUGCAGUAAUUGUGUUUCCUCUUUAUAUUGUGUAUAAUAUGUACAGGGAAUUUUUUUUCUCCAUAUUUGAGUGGCAACCCUGGUCAUUUUUGAUAAAUAUAAUAAAAAUGUAUUUUCGUGGCCAUCAUUACAAUAACUCUGUAUAUUCCAUAACUAUUGACCAUGUUUAUUUAUUUAUUUUUUUUUUUUUUGAAAAUUUGACUAACUUGAAUUCUGAUUAGUUUUGGAGCAAGGAGCAACUUGUUACUAAAAGCUAAAAAUAAUACAAGAUAAUAUGAUUUAAAAAUUUCCAAUUUUAUUUUCUUGUGAUGUCAGUUGUUUUUUUGUCUUGUAAAUGUCAGUUUACUCAUUAUUCAAAAGAAUAAACAGUUCAAACUAUUGUGUAGAUUUUAUUCAUUUUACAUGCAUUAAAGAUGUAUUCCUGAUUUGAUACUUUGCUCUUCUAGUUUCAUUCUUUGUAUAUUUUUGAAAUGUUGUGUUGAUUGUCAAUUCAAGGUUAAUGUUCUUUUAAAGACAUACUUUGGAAUUUGUUAAAAAUGUACACAUCAUAUUAAGAUUGCAUUGUAUUAUGUCAUAUUCAGAAACUUUAUUAAAAUUAUUUUGUCAAAGUA